CCUCACCACGGUGCAGAUUCGCACGACAUGAUAAUAAAAGGUGCCUGUCGCAUCGCUCCCGCCCCUCCUGCUCACCGCAGAGAUCGUUCCUCAAUAUCAAUACCUGAGAACAGAACGCAUUGACCGAAAAUGUACUACGAACCCGGCGUGACAGAGCACAACCUUCCCCAUGACCCUUUCAAGGCAUGUGUGAUCCCCCGCCCGAUAGGCUGGAUCUCGACGCAAUCGCCCGACGGCCAAACCAGCAACCUGGCGCCGUACUCGCAGUUCAACAACCUCACCUUCGACCCGCCGUACGUGAUGUUCUCGUCCAACCAGACGGCCACCGCGACCCGCAAGGACACGGUCGUCAACGCCGAGGCCACGGGCGCGUUUGUGUGGAACCUGGCCACCUACGACCUCCGCGAGGCCGUCAACAUCUCCGCCGAGCAGUUUCCGUACGGCGUGGAUGAGUUCGAGAAAGCGGGUGUCACCAAGGAGCCUGCUGCGCUGGUCGACGUGCCCAUGGUCAGCGAGAGUCCUGUCAAGUUCGAGUGCAGGUACCACUCCACCAUCCGAUUGCCCGGGAACCCACCAAUGGGAACGGUGGAUGUCGUUAUUGGACGGGUGGUCGCGGUGCAUAUCAAGGAUGAGGUGCUCACGGAUGGGAUCCUGGAUGUCAAGAAGACGAGGCCGAUUGCCCGCUGCGGGUAUUAUCAGUAUACGGUCAUUGAGAAUACCUUCGAUAUGGUGAUUCCGGGGAUGUCGGAGGAUGUGUUGUAUGGGUUGGAAGGGAAUGCGAAGAGGAAUCGGUUGAGGAAUGAAAAAGGGGAGAAUAAAGAAGAGGAGUAG